AUGCCCAAACACCCCCUAGACCCUCUAUCAGUCGAUGAAGUCCGCAAGGCAUCGCAGCUCCUUCUACAGGAGUUGAGCUUGCCACCAAUGUGCAUCCGCUUUAAGGUGGUUGAUCUGGCAGAGCCGUCCAAAGACGAGGUUCUCGCCCACCUGCAAAGGGGUAACCGGGUACCGGAUCGCAAAGCUCGAAUUUAUUACCACCAAAAGAACUCGAAAGUUCUCACAAAAUCGAUUUUGAAUGUCUCUAGCGGCAUUCUAGAGACCACCGAAGAACUUCCAGACGUCCAAGGCCCAGUGGACUGGGUAGAAUACGACCUCGUGACUAAGGCCUGCAAUAAGCACCCGGCAGUUCUUGCGGAGAUUGCAAAGUUGAAAGUUCCACCAAGCGCCCGAAUUGUGAACGAUCCUUGGGCAUACGGCACGGAUGACCCUUUCGAAAGAAGACGACUUUUUCAAUGCUAUAUGUACUUGGCCCUGAACGACGACGAGGAGGCAAAUCACUAUUCAACCCCGUUACCACUUGCACCUAUCUUCGAUGCGCAUACAAUGGAGCUUGUGGAUCUUCAAAGACUUCCGCUUGGCGUUGGCGAUGAACUUGAUACCGAAACUCAGCCGUGGACACCAGUCGAGCCUGUCGAAUAUAGUGCCAACAUACUCGGCACUGAGGCACUACGCAAAGAUCUGAAGCCUUUGCAUAUUAUUCAACCUGAAGGCCCAUCUUUCCAAAUCGACGAUCGAACUGUACUCUGGCAAAAGUGGCAAUUCCAACUGGGAUGGUCACUACGAGAGGGUCCCGUUUUGCACGAUGUGCGGUACGGCGAAAGAUCUCUUUUCUACCGAGUGUCCAUGAGCGAAAUGACGGUUCCUUACGGCGACCCUCGAACCCCUUACCACCGAAAGCAGGCCUUUGAUCUUGGUGACUCUGGGUUUGGGCUGACAUCCAAUAGCUUAGCUCUUGGAUGCGAUUGCCUCGGCCACAUCGCCUAUUUCGACGGAGUGCGCGUCUCGGCUACCGGAGACCCUGUCCUGAUGCCGAACGUGGUUUGUAUGCAUGAAGUCGAUGACGGCAUUGGCUGGAAGCACACCAAUUUCCGCAACGGCAAGUCUUCAGUGGUACGAGACCGCAAACUUGUCAUUCAAUGCACGUCGACUGUUGCCAACUACGAGUACAUUUUAGCCUUUGUGCUUGACCAAGCCGCUAAUCUUCACAUUGAAGUGCGGGCAACAGGUAUCCUGUCUACCAUGCCAAUCCGUCCAGACCUCAGCGUAUCCCCGUGGGGCACGGUGGUAGCUCCUGGGGUUCUUGCCGUAAAUCACCAACAUCUUUUCUGUGUGCGCAUCGACCCGAUACUUGAUGGUGAAAGGAACAAUACAAUCGUGCGGGACGAUUGUUUGUCCCUUCGGGGUAACCCUAAUCUUGACCCCUUUGGAUGCGCGUUUCGCGUCAAAACCACUCCAAUUACGAAGCCUGGCGGCUAUGACCUAGACCUCUCGUCCGGUCGUACGUAUCGAAUCACGAACCCAUCCCGCGUGAACGAGAUAUCGGGCAAGCCGGCUGGAUACAAGCUUCAUGCAGCACCUAGCCAAAUGUUGAUGAUGGGACCUGAGACAUUCAAUCAUCGGCGGGGAACUUUUGCAUCCAAGCCCAUUUGGGUAACACGAUACCGAGAUGAUGAGUUAUGGGCCGCAGGGGAGUUCACCAAUCAAAGUCGGGAGGACACUGGACUUGCAACGUAUGCAACGCGAGACGAAAAUGCCGAGAAUGAGGAUGUCGUACUUUGGCAUUGCUUUGGACUGACCCAUGUCACUCGGCCUGAAGGUUAG